AGCAGAGGGAACAGCGCGCUCCCACUGAACGAGUUGGCUGAGAGCUCUGAAGUUCACUCGGAUGUUUUCUUUCCCUCCUUCUUCCACUCCGCUUUCACCUUUCUCUCGCGUUUUUGAUGACAGACGUGUGAGUUUACCUAAAGUACCAGUUGGCUGGUCGGUCGGUUGGUCGGUCGGGUCGGUCGGUCGGUCGGUCGGGUGUUUGAGCAGGGUCCUCUGCUGUCAAACUUUCCUUGACAUGGAUUUGUCGCACAGACGACGGAUGGACUGAAAAGUUUGGGAUUUUUUUUUUUUCAACAGACUCACUGCAACUACUUUUUUUCUCUUCUUGCUUUUUUGUCAUUAACGUGUAAAGACAUGCAAAAGGUUAAUUCCACCGGUACCAACAGCAACACGCUGCCCCGGGACGCGGAGCUCCAGCUGCGGCUGGCUGACAGCGGCGGUGCCGGGGAGAGCACCGGGAACGGGGCUGGGAAUCACUUCCUCGCCCAGCCUGAGGAGGAAAGGUCGUUUUGCACCAAGAGGAGGAUGCUUGUCGGUCUGGAUGUAAUAUGUCUCUGUGUCGCCUCCAUCCCAUUCUUUGCGUGUGAGUUGAAGGCGGUGACUCCGUACAGGCGAGGCUUCUUCUGCGGAGACUCCAGCAUCACCUAUCCCAACAAAGACAAGGAAGUCAUUCCUGACAGCGUGCUCAUUAUUGGUGGUAUAGCCAUCACUGGCAUAACGAUCGCGCUGGUUGAAUGCUACCGGGUGCGUUUCCGAGGCGUGCACUCGCGAGCUUUUGUUCGAAACCUCUAUGUGUCGUGCCUGUACAAGGAGCUGGGAAGCUUCAUGUUUGGCUGCUGUGUGGGUCAGUCUCUCACUAAUAUGGCCAAGCUAAGUGUGGGACGCCUGCGGCCCAACUUCCUGAGCGUCUGUAAAAUCACCUACGAGUCCAUCAACUGCACUCUGGGGAGCUACGUCUCCCAGUUCGAGUGCAAGGAGACUAAUCAGAAGCUGGUGGAAGAAGCAAGGAAGUCUUUUUUUUCCGGCCAUGCUUCCUUCGCAAUGUACACCAUGCUCUAUCUGGCAUUCUACCUGCAGGCGCGGUUGUCGUGGCGAGGAGCUCGGCUGUUGCGCCCACUAAUACAGUUCCUCUUAGUGAUGAUCGCCAUCUACACCGGCCUGACCCGCAUCUCUGACUACCGUCACCACCCGUCUGACGUCGUCACAGGCUUCAUCCAAGGAGGACUCACCGCGUACUGGGUGGCCUUCUACAUCUCCUCCAUGUUUAAGCCCUGCGCCCGUCCAAACCUGUCUCCCACCAGCAUGUCCCUGGAGAGUCCACUGUCCAGCCAGCAAACUGUCUGUUAGCAGGCGCACGCAAUCAUUCCAGGAAUCAGAGGAUAAGAGAAGCUGGACUGCAGAGAGACAGGGAGAAUGUCAGAUAGCACAGGUGAGGAGCAGAUAGUGGAGACAUGUAAGUCUUUAAGAAAGGGAAUCAUUCUAAGAGAAGGAUAUGAUUAAAGAGUACAAUCUAACACAUGCAAUCGUGCCGCCACAGACCAAUCUAACAUGAUCACAAACUCACACAUGUGAAGACACAAGAAGCACAUUUGACUGCAAGUCAAACCCGUCCAGUGAAAAGAACUGCAUAGUUAUAUUACAGAUAUUUUUUUAUAUAUGAAAAAAAAAGUUAAAAAAUGUAUAUUUUUCAAGAGGAUUUUUAGAAGCUGCUAAUGUCGAUAGUUUCUAGUUUGAACUUGUUUUCUCCUGUGACGGAGGCUUUCGGUCAGUGCAUGUUUUUAGCUUUCAAAGCAGAACUGGUCACUCUUUGGUCUCGGGUGAGAGAGGAGGAGAACAUCACCCAGCAGCUGUGAACUGAGACCAUCAGACCUCAGACGGAAAAAAAAAAAAAACAGAACUGGCAGUGAUAACAAGCACUGGCUUCAACUAACCAUCCUUUACCUUCAGUGGCCUGAUGAGCCGCUGCUCUAAUCAGACUGCCCUGCAUCACUAUGAUUAACAACAACCUAAGCAGAGAAAAAAAAAAGCAGUAUUUGUGCUGUAACACAAUGUUAUCUUUCUUUUUGUGUAACCGAGGUGGUGAUGAGAAGGAAUCUGACCCUUCCACAUCACUACCACUUUUCUGUACUAACCACUUUGACUGUGUCUCAGAGGUGGAGCUUUGACUGAAUUUUGUAACCUUUGACUUUUGCCCCCGGACUCUCUGAGCUGCACCUUGAUUUAUGCCACUCUGACAGGAGAGCCGACACGGCUGCGACCCCAGCGGCUCUCCUGUGUAUCCUUAUUAAUAGCACUUGAACGUACAUAAUGGAACCUAAUGGAAAUUGUAAUCAAUAUUAUAUAUUUUAUCACAAGUUUGAAUAAUCAGUGUUUAUUUUUGUUAAUGACAGACUCAUACACUAUAUUUUUUUUUUUUCUCCUUGAAAUGAUAAUUAUUCAAAUUGAAUGUAAAUAGCUAUUUCAUUUUAUAAACCACACAGAAUUUCAAAAGUAUUAGUUCCAGGUUUUGGACAGUUUUUACAUGUUUAUUAAGUGUUUGUAUUUACGUUUGUGUUGAUCAGGUACGGAGAGUUACUAUUGUAUCUGUUGUAACUACUAGACUGAGCCACAGAUAUUAUCAGAAAGCUAUAUUUUUUGUGUUCCCAGUUAUUGUUUUAUGUUUGUUUUGUCUGUGAAUGCCAGAAAGGCAGAAAUAACCACUGUACUCAAAAAACCAAACCAAUAAAAUGAAUGUUGAAUGUUU